AAAAUAUAUCUUUACCGUAAGAUUUCAUGCGUGAAUGCUACGGCAGACUCGUGAGAGUUGGCAACCCAGCUCAAAAACCCCCCCUUUUUUUUUACUCUUGCGAUCCCUAUGCUUAGACGAAGAAUGCACUGUCAGAAGAUGCAGUGGAAAAAAGAGUGAUAUAAAUUUACCAGGAUAUACAAGUAAAAGUAUUGGGUUUGCUUAAAGGUGGCUGGAGUUCUUGUGAAUUAAUCAGUCACUGAAUGAAGGCAGAUUUCACCUUCAACGAUGCAUUCAGCUGUCACACAGCUUUGCAAUACAACACUUCCUUCUACCUGGUUUGCACUUUCUUUUUAUCUAAUCCAAACGCAAUUAGGGAACCUGAUGCGUAUUUUCCGAGCAGAUUUUGAAUAAUGUUACCAAUUUAAAAGUAGAAGACCAGUGUGCCUUCUUCAGUUUAAAAAAAGUCGUGACUCGGGUCCAGUAGAUGGCGGUAAUACACCUGUAAGCUGGUUGCCGACCACCCAUAACUCCAAGAAGCAGAAGAAUGAAGUACAGUAUGUGUCUUUACGCUCAUCCGUAGGAGAAAACUGUGGAUGAUGGGAAAACUUAAAUAGGAGAAUCAAUGGUCAAAUGUAUAGGACAUGCGUUGUACCUAUAAGCUCAAUACUUUCCAAGAGAAAAUCAACUAUAUGGCGAAAAUAAAGUAAAUCACAUUGAUUCGAGUGUUUGUAAAAUGAGGCACUGUCCAUACUUUACAUGAAAUCAGCCAAUGAAAACAGGAUGUAGGGUUUUUGAGGAUACUGAUCGUAGGAAAGUUUCCUAUUUCUUUCCUAUGUUUAAUAGUGGUGUCCUUCAACACAGUGUAUUACGGUAUAUGUCAAACAGGAAGUGUACGGCUUUCGCGCAGUAGGUAACGCGUGAUCAGUUUACAGAUGGAUCAACUCAAGAUUUUUUAUUUGUACGAUAGCCAGUGCUAGAGACUAAUAUAUUUUUUUUUAUUGCACUUGAAAUAAUAUCUAUCAAACAACAAAGUGGCUAGCAAGUAUAAACGAUGUUACAAGUUCGGUCUGUAAAUAUUCUCCGGCGAAGGUCAUGUGUCCCUGGCUCAAUAGUCUUCAACUUCAAAUAUUGCUGUCAUACAGCGUUUAGGAAACUGAGAAUCUGCGAAGCGCUUUCUGGAGAUGAAGUCGGAGAACAUGUAAAAAUACAGGGCUGGGUCCGAUCUGUUCGAGCACAGAAGAAUGUUCUCUUCCUUGAUGUCAAUGACGGCAGCACAAAGAAGAGUCUCCAAGUGGUCGCUGAUCCAGAACUGAAUGACAAGAAUCUUACAUUUGGAAGUUCUGUGCAAAUCUCUGGAAGUUUGACAAGAAGUUCUCACAAAAAGCAGAAUGUUGAACUGCAGGCACGACAGAUCCAGGUAGUUGGGCAAUGUAAUCCUUUGGAUUUUCCAUUUAAAGUGAAGGAAAGACAUGAUAUGGAGUACAUCAGGCAGUUUCCCCAUUUGCGCUGUAAAACAAACACAUUCAGCUCUUUGCUGAGGAUACGGAGUGAGGCCACCUCUGCCGUUCAGGCAUUUUUUAAGGAGAAUGGAUUUUUGCAUAUUCAUACACCAAUCAUCACUUCAAAUGACUGUGAAGGAGCUGGUGAACUCUUUAAGGUUGAACCCUCAGGUCAGGAUAAAAACCCGGAAGAAACUCAGCUGCACUUCUUCUCCGUCCCGACUUUCCUGACUGUUUCUGGACAGCUUCAUCUAGAGGUCAUGACUGGGGCUUUUUCACGUGUUUACACGUUCGGCCCGACUUUCCGAGCAGAAAACUCUCAAAGCAGACACCACCUGACGGAGUUUUACAUGGUGGAAGCUGAGAUCGCUUUCACGGAGUCGCUGGAGGACAUCAUGAUGGUUAUGGAGAAUCUGUUUAAAUCGACCACAGAGAGAGUUCUUGAUAAAUGUGCAGAUGAUGUACACCUGUUUCACAAGUAUGUUGCACCUGGACAUUGGGACAGUCUACAUGUCAUGCUGAAGAAUAAAUUCAAGGUGAUCACUUACAGUGAAGCCAUAGACCUGCUGAACCGUAGUUCUGAGAACUUUGUUUUCAAAACAGAGUGGGGCUGCGAUUUGCAAAAAGAGCACGAGCACUACCUGGUCAAGCACUGUGGUGACGUCCCAGUGUUCGUCAUCAACUACCCCUAUGAGCUGAAGCCUUUCUACGCCCGGGAUAACAAUGACGAUCCCUGCCACACUGUGGCCGCUGUCGACCUGCUGGUGCCGGGGGUGGGGGAGCUGUGCGGGGGCACUCUCCGAGAGGAGCGCGAGGAGCUCCUGAGGACACGGCUAGCAAAUGCUGACAUGGAGGAGCCAUAUCAGUGGUACUUGGAAUUGAGACAGUUUGGCUCAGUUCCUCACGGUGGGUUUGGAAUGGGUUUUGAACGCUACUUGCAGUGUGUUCUAGGAGUGAACAAUAUUAAAGAUGUGAUCCCAUUUCCUAGAUUUUCUCACUCAUGUCGACUGUAAAAGUGUAUUACAUAAACAAUUUUGCUAAGAAAUGUAAAAUAAAGGAAACUUUGCUUCAGUCUUAA